AAACUGAACGCAUUGUCCAAUCGCUUUUGGAGCUGCGUGGAGCUCUCCAUUUAGUGAUACCGUUAAUUCGCUGAGUACCGUUCACGUGCUACGUAUCCAGAACCAGGUCCGGAAGGCAGAAACAGCCAUCGAUUUGCGAACUCGACGACGACAACAACAACAGCUAAACAAACUCUUCAAGCAGUAGAUCACUAAAGGAUCAAACAAAAACUCCUUUAAUCGUACUUUACUGAACCCGAACGCUCAAUAGCCAACCGCACCAGAGUUCAGAUUAUUUCAUUUCUUUUCGCUACGCGCACAAAAACCAACAAAAAACUUGAACUAUAGAAUGGUAGAAGGUGAUUCUGGAAAAAGUAAAAGCGAAUCCUAUAAUGUAGAAGCUGGACUACAACCAAACUACAAUCAGAAUAACGCAGCCGCAGGCGCUGGCAACGCAGCGCACAAUCCAAACAAUUCACCAAGUCUAACUGGCUCGAACAGCAAUUCAACGCAUAUUGAUAACCGUGCGAUCAUCCAGCCGUACUCGUUGGGCACGGGCGCUAAGCAGCCGGAAUAUCAAUUCGCUGCUGACAAUCGCGGCUACGAGCCGGAACCAAACACCAAUGGCAAGCAGCAGGACGUAGAGCGCGUCGGCGCUGGCGGUGCCGGCGAUAGCUCCGAUGAGGAUGCCAAGCACAAGACGCCGCUGCCGCCGCCAAACCGCCCGAUAGUCGCCAACUUCGAGCGGGCCAUCGAACUGUGCGAAUAUGGCAAAUUCCACUACAUACUGCUGGCCAUCUGCGGCCUGGUCAGCACAUCCGAGGAGAUGGACGUCAUAUCCAUGUCGUUCAUCCUGCCAUCGGCUGAAUGUGAUUUGGAUUUGGAUACUGGCACGAAGGGAUGGCUCAACUCGAUCAUUUUCAUUGGCAUGAUGGUCGGCGCCUAUUUCUGGGGCAGCAUCGCCGACAGCUUUGGCCGCAAGAAGAUCCUCAUUGUCAUCUCGUUCAUGAAUGCCCUCUGCAUCGUUGCCUCGUCGUUUUCGCAAUCCUAUGGCUAUUUCAUGCUGUUUCGCUUUCUCAAUGGCGCAGCGCUGGGCGGCAGCGGUCCUGUCAUCUGGUCGUACUUCGCCGAAUUCCAGCCGAAAGCGAAACGUGGCUCCAUGCUUAGCUUCAUGGCUGCCUUCUGGACCUUUGGUAAUCUGUUUGUGGCCGGCCUCGCCUGGCUGAUCAUACCCACACAGGUUGGCUUCAUAUCGGAAUACUUCACAUACAACUCGUGGCGCAUCUUCCUGUUGGUCUGCUCGUUCCCAUCGUUCUUGGUUGGCUUCCUGCUCUUCUAUCUGCCCGAGUCGCCCAAAUUUCUGCUGACGCGCGGCAAAAAGGACAAGGCCCUGGCCAUUUUCCGCGGCAUCUAUGUGACGAACACGAAAAAGAAGCCCGAAGACUAUAUGGUGUACGAUCUGGAGGUCGACGAGAAGCUGUCCACGGAGAGCGCUGUGGGCUUUAAGGGCAAAUACAAGCGCAUGAUCAGCGGCAUGGUGGAUCACAGUCGCGACCUGUUCAAGUCGCCCAUAUUGAGAUUCACGCUCGUCUCGAUCACCAUCAACUUUACAUUCCACAUUGGCUACUAUGGCCUGAUGAUGUGGUUCCCGGAGGUGUUCAAUCGCUACGAGGAAUACGAGAAAAGCCAUCCCGACCAGCCGGCCGAUAUCUGCGCUGUCACCGACUAUGUCGUCGAUCAGCUGCAGAAGGAGAGCCACAAUGGCACCUGCAAUUCGGAUAUACCCCAAUCGGUGUUCAUGGAAUCGCUGAUAACGCUCGCCUCCGCCCUGCCGGCGAAUCUGUUCGCCAUUCUCGGCAUGGAUCUGCUGGGCAGACGAUUCUUCCUGAUUGCCGGCACCCUCACCGCCGGCAUCUGCUCCGCUCUGAUGUACAUGGUGCGCAGCUCGGUGCAGAAUCUGAUCGUCUCGGCCGUAUUCAGCGGUGCGAUAUCGGCGGCAAAUGCGGCGCUCGAUUGCCUCAUCACCGAAGUAUUCCCCACCAAGCUGCGAGCGACGGGCGUGGCCAUAUCCAUGGUGGCCGCUCGUCUGGGCGGCAUCAUUGGCAACAUUGUGAUCGCCCAGCUGCUCGACAACUUCUGCCCGGUGCCGACAUUCAUAGUGUCCUUCCUGCUCAUCGGCGGCGGCCUCAUGUGCCUCCUGUUACCCAAUACGACGCGAAAGGAGCUCAAUUAAGCAACGUAUAGCAUACCCAUCCAUCCAAUUCUCCCCCUCCCCCUUCCCAUUCAAUGCAAGCUAUAUAGAAACAGCCAAAAA